AAGACGGAGCGAGAGAGAGAGAAAGAGAGGCCCUCCAAGGCAUCUCCGAGGCCGGCCCAAUGAGGGGGUGAGGGGCUCAGGAGCACCACAACGGAGAGGAUGGUGGGAGGAGAAGAAGAAACUGAGGGAUAAGAGAAAGGGUGAUUAAAUCAGAAUCAGGCUUCAGCGAGAAAGGGGGAGUGGAUCGGUGGGUGGGUUCUGAAUUGAGGAUGGGAAAGAGCAAAUAAAAGUUUUGAAGAAGGCAAAAGAAGACUGAAGAUAGACGGGUAGUGUCAGGAAAAGGCAGGAGGAGAUUCAUGGAAAAAGACGGGGAAGCUUUGUGUCCCAGGAGUCCUCCUGUUCCUCUUCUUCUUCUUCUGUCUGUGAGGCUGCUGGACAUCAUCCAUCACCAUGUUCUCUGACAGCAGGGCUACAGCGCCGGGGGAGCAGAAAGGCUUCAAACCACACGCCCCUCACUUCAUCCCCUGGCUGCGAAAUAGUUUGAAACCCCACCACAGCGGAGACCUGGGGCUCAAUGGACAGUUCAAAUCUAGCUCGGAGGCCCGCAACAACCUGGCCCCGCUGGAGAAAGCCAAAGGCAUCGGGUUCUUCUCCAUCCAAGGGAAGGAUCGAGCCAAGAAGGGGGAGCUUCGGUGUAAUGGCGUGGGGAUGGCGAGGAUGCUGCCAGUAGUGUUGAGAGGGCACAACAUCCUGCAGGGGGGUCUGGGGAAGCAGAGGGAGGAGAGUCCUGCCAGGUGGAACCAGCCAUCAGAGCUGCAACCACAUCCAAGCCCCCAGAUCAGUUCAGAGGAUGCACCACAGGGUCUAAGCAAAAGCUCAACGAGAAACCAGAGCAGGAACCCGAGCCUGCCUCAGUCCCAGAAUGACAGGACAAGCACACAAGUUAGGAAAUAUGGACCAUUGGUGGGACCUCCCCCAGCUCCUGCCACUGAAGAGACAAACUGUAAGGUACCUCUGGUAGUGGGCCUGGAGGACAAGAGCAGGAAGGUGUGGGACUACAACAGCAGCACCACCUACCGCCACCGAGACCUGCAUUCCUCCAGCUGGGUGAGCUCGGACAGUCGGGGGCUCAUAGAGAGGCAGCAUGGCUUCACCACCAGCUUCAGCUACAUCAAACAGCAGAACAGGACCUCACAGAGCCAGAGAGACCUGAGGGAACCACCUGUGGAGGGUUUCAAUGGGCCACUCAAUGGAGUCAUCUUCUCCACUGAGGUACCUCAGAGAGGCCUGGGUUGCACCACCACGCUACGAGGACCCAGGAAACCCAGACCAGGCUUGGAGCCUAUCUCUAUUCUGGGACAGAAUCAAACGUGGGUCCAGUACAGGCCAAAAAACGAAGGGGAGCCGCAGAGGAAAGAGGCAGGCUGCAGCAGGAAAGUGGUUCGAAACCAGAUUAAAAGGGUUGUGAACAAUCUGGAGCAGGUCCUGACAGCUCUGAGAGACGUUCAGCAGGAAAUGAGAGAGGUGGUGCAUCAGAUCGACUAUCUCACCUCAUCCAUUGAUCUGAAUGAAGAGGAGCAGCUGAACACUGAAGGAGGUGAAAGCGCCAAGCCUUACAGUGACAGCAGCUCCGGCUCGGGUUCCAGCUCAGGUGAAGUAAUGUUGGGAAGCACGAUUCAGAGGCCCCCACAGCAAGAAUACCAGUCAGGAAUGUCAGACUCAUUUGGCAAACUCAGGAGAGGUCAUCAUCACAGCAGGAGCCAAUCUCCACCAAACAUGCUACUAGGCCCGAGUCGAACUCUUCGCUUCACCUGCAGUUUGGGGUCAUCUCCCAGACGAGGUGGGCACAGUCUCGUUUCAUCUAACCCCCCUCAACUUCAGAAUCACCCCUCAAAUGACUUGAAUGUGUCUCCCCAAAGAACCCUUCCGAUUCGGCCUCCCACUCCUGGCCUCUCCCCUCUGACUGUAAACCUCCAUCACUCAAGCAGCCCAGUGUCUCAGCCUCACUCCCCUGUGCCUCUCUCCUCCAUCAGGGUAUCCCCUCCCUCUCCUGUGUCUCCAAAGCCUCACCCACCUCCCAUCAACAACCCUUCUGUUGUCAUAGAGAAUAAAGCAGGGGCUCAAGAGACACCACAAAGUGACCACCCAUCUGCCCAAGCUCCAUCUGCCAGCUGCCCACCCACCAACUCAGAAACUCAAACACACUCCAACACCAACAGAGAGAGGCGAGCAUCCUCAGCAGGCCCCGUUCAAAGACCCUCAGAGGCUAAACCACUGACAGCACAAGGCCGCAGAGGUCGCAAGCCUCCUCCGUACCCCCACCACAGACUCUCUGAUCCCACAGAAAAAGUGAAGGAGCCCCGGCAAGCUCCCCCUUACCCUGAGAAAAGAAGGCUGCUCUCGACCACAGUGUGAGACGAUGCAGCAGCGGGAGCGGGAGGCUGAUCGGAUAGAGCCAUAUUCACAGCAACCAGCCACGAGACAGCAAGAGUGGAGAUUGAUUUAAGGUUCGCCAAGUUGAGCUCAGACCAAGUUUCCAAGGUGACAAGUCGCAACUUGGGCAAGGCUGUGGGAGGUUCAAUCAGAUCAUGACUGACAUGACAAGACAAAGAAAUCGAGUUAACUCCAGCAUGGUGACUACGUGUCUUUAUUGAAACAUCCAUCACAUUUCAUCAGGAAUCAGGACAGCUAACCAGUAGAAAAAAAAGAAAACGUCUAGAAAAUAAGUAACAUCUUGUGUUUUUUCUCUUCUGGGUCAGCAUCCGGACGUGGUUAUUUCCUGUUUGUGACCCCAGAGGGACCCUCAGCGGUGACAAAAGGGACAAACAAUCUGAGCAUUUCCUCAACUCUAGCGACAGAACAUCUCUAGACAGAUGAGAGGAUCCAAACCCCCGACCAAACAUGGCACAAAUCUCAGGCACGGAGCCCGGGCAGGAGGAGGAAACAUGUGCUUGCACUAAUGACAGUGUCAGGACUGUCCUUGCUGGGGGAAGGAGGCGUGUCAAGCUGGAAUGGAGCUCAAACCAUCAAUCGAGGAUAAAAGAUCUAAAAAUGUUCAGGAACAUGUGGAGCACAUGACGGGUUUCCAUGGAGACAUAGGUGUCAGUGGAAAGCGCAGCAAAGUAAAAGCUGGUCCAAAGUGCAACUGUCUGUUUCAUUCAGUCAUAAUAAGAGUGCAUGACCAGGUAUACUCUGCACUGAUGAUGUCAGGUGUAUUGAUUUAUGCAUAACAACACCUUUAUUUAUUUUUCUAAAGUUAUAUUUUGGGGUCUUUUUGCCUUUAUGAUAUGACAGCUGAAGAGAGACAGAAAAUGUGGGGAGCAGAGAGGGGGGA